AUGCAGGCUCACAGCUUUCCAAAAAAGCGCGCACAAAAAACCCUGGAACUGCACGUGACUUGUGACAGUGAUAUUAUUAUACUACCAACAUUAUACUUAAGCAGUCUCCUCAACCUUCUCUGGAACAGCCUUGUAAGACUUGACAGUAGGGGCUGGGACAACCUCGUCCUCAUCCUUGGCCUCGGAGAUCAAGACAGCAUCGGGCAAAGCCUUAGGGCCAACUCUGGCGGUAGCUGGGUCCUUCAUAAUCUUGACUCUGAUACCCAAAACACCUUGUCUCAUCAACACGUGUCUGAUGGCAAUGUCAAUAAAGUCGUUGGUUGGUUGACCAGAGUGGAUCAUGAAACCGUCAGAGUACUUUUGAGACUUGGCUCUAGCAGCUCUCAAUUUACCGGAGAUGACAACCUCCACACCCUUAGCACCAGCAGCCAUGGCAAAUCUCAACACACCGUAGGCGGCUCUUCUCAUUGGCAAACCGUUCAACAACUUGGAUUUCAAGGCUUCGGCUUGGACAGCAGCGGACAAACCUCUCUCCUCGAUUCUCUCGGCGUAGAUGACAAUUCCUUCAGGAGACAACUUGAAUCUCUUGACAAUCAAGGAGGUCAACUCGUGGAUUCUACGUCCUUGUUCUCCCAAAACACCUUGGGUGUUGGAAGCCUUGACAAUAACCUCCAACUUGGAUGGGGUCUUUCUGACCUCAACACCGGCGUAACCUUGUUCAGCCAAUUCUCUGGUGAAGAAUUCGUUCAACUCGGCGUAGAAGACACCAUCAGCUACCAACUUUCUUUUCUUGGACAAAAUUGCGUUAACCAUUUUUUAGUUUAUGAGAGGAUGUAG